AUGCGAUACCCGCUGCCGACGUGGUCGACGCGACGCGCGAUCGACGUCGCGGCGUCGCUUCGGGCGGACGCGACGUCGCGCUCGUCGUCGCGACCGCCGGGACAUCGUCAUCGCGGAGAACGCGCGUCCUCCGCCGUCUCGUGCGUCUCGCGUCCCGUGCGCGCUCGAAUCUACGCGCUCGUGACGCGCCGCGAGCGGACGGUCGCGGUGUACUGCAAGCGCACGGGCGAGACCGUGCCGUGCACGAGACUGAUCAUCGCGGACGACACGAUGCACCGCGCGAGAGUCACGCUGUGGCGCACGCACGCGAGCGUCGACGUGGGCGUGGGCGACGUCGUCGCGAUCGACGCGCCGCGCGCGCGAUGGAACGCCUUCGACGACGCGCCCGAGCUCGCGACCGGGCACGCCGCGGAGGUGACCGUGCUCCUCGACGCGAGCGGCGUCCUCGCGCGCGCCGCGACGCUCGCGUCCUUCUCGCGCGAUAGAGCGCUCGAAAACGACGUCCCCGAGCGCGAGCGCGCGAUCAACGCGCUGUGCGUCUGGGCGUCCGCGACGCGGUCGAGCCUGCUGCUCGCCGCGCGGGACGCGCGCGAGUGUGGGGGCGGCGUAACGGCCGCGGAGGCGGCGUUUUGCGCGGCGGAGACUCUGCACGCGAGACGCUCGGCGCAUUUUUUAGGACGCGUCGUCGCGGCGACGACGACGGCGAGCGCGAGCGCGUCGACGGCGGCGCGCGCGGAUGAAUACGGAAUCCAUUCAAUCGACGCGGCGCGGGCGGCGAACGGCGCCGCGACGCUGCGACCGGUGCUGUGGCUCGCGCAGCGCGAGGGUGGGACGCUGACGGAGGUGACGCUGCCGCCGCGGACGUAUCCCUCGGCGGCGAUCGCGGCGGAGGCGGCGGCGGAGGAGUUCGAGGGCCGCGUCGUCGAGAUUCUCGACGCGGUCGUGCGGUACCGCGGCGGAAGCGACCGGUACGGCCUCGUGUGCGUUGAAAACGUCAGCGCGUGGCGGGUGUUACGUCCGCGCGAGGACGACCGCGCGGUGGACGUUCUCGAGCGAUGCGGCGGCGGCGGCGGGUGUUACGUCCGCGCGGAGGGAGAUCGACGGUCUUCGCGCGGCGGUCGCGGCGCGACGACGACGCUCAGGGAGCUCCGGCGCGGGUCCGCGGGCGGGAUGUCUUCGCGCGCCUCGAUCGCGCGCGUGGUCGCGCGCGUGCGUUGGGUGCAGCUCCCGAGACCGCGGCGGACCGCGACGGGCGGCGCGAAGAAGCGAGGACGCGACGACGACGACGAAUCGCGCGGCGGCGGCGGCGGCGGCGGCGCGUCCGCGCCCGCGCCCGCGCCCGCGCCCGCGCCCGCGUUCGCGCCCUCGGACGUCGCCGCCGCGCUCCUCGCGUACGGCUGCACGUCGUGCCACGCGCCGCUGAUGCCGGACGCGCGCGACGGGAUAUACCCGCAGUGCGCGUGUCACCACGGCAGCGUGAACACGACCGGAUACGUGUGGCGCGGGGUGACGCUCGGCUUGGUCGACGCUGACGUGGAAGCUGACAUGGAAGCUGACGUGGACGAUGACGCGGGAAACGGUCGAGGGACGGCGACGCCGUGCGUCUUGGGCGGCGAGCUCAUGCGGAAGCUGCUGUUCGGGAUCGCCCCGGGGGACGCGGCGUGGUCGUCGCGACGUCGCGGGACGCGUUUAAGAAGCAAUCGCGGCGACGCGGAAGACGACUUGGGCGUCGACGUCGAAGACGAGGAGGAAGACGAGGAGGAAGAGGACGGCGACGGCGACGAAGAAGGCUUUCCGCGUUCCCGCGCCGCGGGCGCGGACGCGCUCGAGAUCGCGACGGCGGCGUUAAACGCGCUCGCGCGCGGCGGCGAACGCAACGCGCCGUUCUCGUUCAAGAUCAAGACGCCGCGUCUCGACGAGAACGGCGUCCCGGAGAACGGGCCGCUGGAAAUCGUCGCGUUCGACGUCUAGCCCUCGUCUCGUCUCGUCUCGCGACAACUACCGCGCGUGCGUGUACUAGCUAGAACAGAUCUCUUCAGUUCACGUAGACGAGCUAGCUAGACUGUUCGCCUC